AUGGCUCCCUCCGGCUCCCCGCACGCCUCUGCGGCAACAAGCCUCUCCCGCACCGAAACGCUCAGCCUCGCCUCCCUGUCCGGCGCCUCGCUCGCCAUCCUCGCCAACACCUUCCACGGCGACGGCGAGCCCCUCAUCGCGUCGCUCGCGCUGUCGCUCAUCGCCUUUUCGCUAUGCUACGCCAUGAUCCGCUGGCUCGGGCCGACGUUUAUCAAGGCCGGGUUCCGGGGCCGCGACCUGAGCAAGGUGAACGGCGCGGAGCUGCCUGAGUGCAUGGGCGCGGUGUGCGCUGCCGUCUAUCUCAUUACGGUUAUUAUCUUCAUUCCGUUUCCUUUUUACAAGGACAUUGUGGCGGCGACGAGCGGAGGCGGGAAUCGAGAUGUCGUGGUGGAGAUACAUCAUGCGAAUGAGGGACGGUUCCUGCACCGAUUCCCUCAUAACAAGCUCGCCUCCUACCUAGGCGCCAUCAUCUCCCUCCAAACCAUCGCCCUCCUCGGCAUCGGCGACGACCUCUUCGACAUCCGCUGGCGUCACAAGUGGUGGAUCCCAGGCCUCGCCUCCAUCCCCCUCCUCGUCGUCUACUUCGUCGACUUCGACGUCACCUCCAUCGUCAUCCCCGUCCCGCUGCAGCCCUUCCUCGGCGACCUCUUCGACCUCGGUUUCCUCUACUACGUCUACAUGGCCUGCGUCGCCAUGUUCUGCCCCCAGAGCAUCAACAUGCUCGCGGGCAUCAACGGCAUCGAAGUCUCCCAGUGCAUCGUCGUCUCCCUGCUCAUCGCCUUCAACGAUUGCCUCUACCUCUUCACCCCGUAUCCUCAUCCCGCGACAGACUCCCACCUCUUCUCGCUCUACUUCCUCCUCCCCUGGAUCGGCGUCUCCGUCGCCCUGCUCGCCCACAACUGGUACCCGGCAAAGGUCUUCGUCGGCGACACCUACUGCUACUUCUCCGGCAUGGUCUUCGCCGUCGUCGGCAUCCUCGGCCACUUCUCCAAGACGCUCGGCCUCCUGCUCGUCCCCCAGCUCUUCAACUUCCUCUACUCGUGCCCUCAGAUCUUCGGCCUCAUCCCCUGCCCGCGCCACCGCCUCCCCAAGUUCAACGCCCGCUCCGGCCUUCUCGAGCCCUCCGUCACCCCCUGGUCCCCCGAUCGACAGCCGCACCCUCUCGUCGGCAAGGCUCUGCACCUGUUGCACCGCCUGCGCCUCCUCCGCGUCACCACCGACGAGGCUGGCCUCUUCGUCGAGACGAGCAACCUGACGCUUCUCAACCUGUGGCUCGUCUGGCGAGGCCCCCUGAAGGAAAACCGCCUCGCCUGGGAGGUGACCUUGCUGCAGCUGGGUGUCGGCCUCUUUGGUCUCUUCGUCAGGCAUAAGCUGGCGCUGCUCAUCUUUAAGGAAGACAACUGGGGCAGCACAGGACAGCAUUAA